CCUAUCCAUUUGAAUUUAUUCAGGAUUGUACUCUGAGGCUUUGGGAAUACAAAAGUGGAAAAGAAGUGCACUGCUGUCAUCUAAACAGUUUGAAUAAGACUGAGGAAACCAAAAAUGACAAGAAAUACACCGUGUCGAGAAUAGCCUAUUGUUGUCAAGGAAAUUACAUUGCCAUUUUAUGUGACUGUAUUCCCACAGUUUACAUCUUCCAGCUUGAUGCUGCUACCCAGCUGUUAAAUUACAGACACCAAAUCUCUUUGAAGCAUAAAGGCUGGGACAUUGCAUUUGAGGAAACAGGUGGGCUCUGGAUACUGCAGAAAGACAGAGAAGCAUCACUUCUACUCUACAGGCCUGUGGAUGGACAUUGGCAGCCCGUCGCUGAUGACAAAGGAUUAAUGAAAAUGUCAAAAUACCUGCACGACAACUGGACAAUGUUCGAAGGUUCUGUUGAGACAGAAAGUUGCUACAGCAGUCUUUACAAGGCCUCAUUCGACAACAUGGCUAUCUAUCUACAAAAGAAAGAGGAAAGACUACAGCAGCAGCAGAAGAAAAGAAAAGAGCUGCAGCAUGAAUCUAAUAAACAAACUAAAAAGAUCAGAACAAGAGAAUCAUGCUAACCAUUAAUUGCACCAUUUGCUUGUAACUUCUACAACACUGAAAGAAACCGAUAUAAGCCCUGAACUUUUUUUUUUAAGCAAAGUGAAUAACUGACAAACAUCAGCAUUCAGUUUGCAUGUCAGAUAGGGAACAGCUUUAAUGAAUCAGGUUAAUUUUCUUGUAAUGACAAUAUCCUGCUUGCAACAGAUAUUGUAUUUACUGUAUAUAUUGUUCCUUGCCAUUUGUUCUAUCCCAACAGUUGGAUACCUUAGUACUGGUAAUGCAGUUUAGGUAAUCUGAAGCACAAUAUCUUCAUAUUGAGAGAGUGCUUUACUUGGAGAAUGGGAUUUCUCUUAUCUACUGGACUCCACGUAUAACCUACUUUGGGGCUGGUUUCCAAAAGAAGAAAGUGUGCUAAUUAGAAGUUGACAGGUAUUUUAGUUUUUGUUUUAGACAGUUCAUUUAAUAUGGCAGCCUAUAAAAGGAUAAUCAUGAAAAGUUAGUCUCUUAAAAAACAUUUUAAAAUACAAUAUAUAAGGCUGUAACUGGCAGGCCUUUAUCAAUUUAUUUUUAUGCUUAAACUACAGAUUCUGUUAUGAAUUCUGUGUUAGUACUUAAUCCAGCACUGUUUACUCAGAGCAGUGCAGGACUAAAUUUUACAUACUGUAAAGCAGCAAAAGGUGUCAACUAAACCCCAAUGCCAUGGGAAGAAGACUGGUUUGCUGCGUUCUGACUUUUCACCUUAUCUGUAGAAAUGGUUUCAGAAGACCCAGUGCAAUAUUAUGUUGUGUGUUCUGCUUUUUGCGACAGAAGCGUCAUUUGAUGCUAGCUAAGAAAUAAAAAUCUUGACUA